GCCCCGGCGAGGGAGCUGCGCCCCGGGUCCCCGCGCCGCGGCCGGGCGGGGCCGCCGCCCUUGUUCCCCGAGGCUGACCUCGGCCCCCAGCCCUGUCCGGCGGCUCCUGGCGGGUCCCCGCAAGGAAGGGGGGGUCCCCUGGUAGGGCCCGAGAGAAGCGCGUCCGCGCCACGGCCCCCGCCCCAGAGAGCACGAGCACCUCUCACAGUUCUGGAACCCCCGGCCCAGGGGUGAAUCCGUGGGCGUGCGCCCACCCUCGCCCCGGGUACCCCUUCCUGCUGCAGCCCCCGCCGCCCCCAGGAUGCAGAGGCCGCUGCCUGUGCCCUGCUGAAACUUCAUGGCCACAGCGCCAGGCCCUGUUGGCAUUGCCAUGGGCAGCGUGGGCAGCCUAUUGGAGCGGCAGGACUUCUCCCCUGAAGAACUUCGGGCGGCCCUCGCCGGGUCCCAUGGCUCCCGCCAGCCCGAUGGGCUCCUCCGGAAAGGCUUAGGCCAGCGAGAGCUCCUCAGCUACCUGCAUCUCCCCAAGAAGGACGGGAAGGCCACCAAGCGGGCACCCCGGAACGAGCCCGCCGACUAUACCCCUCUCUACUAUCGGGAACACCCUCGUGCUGGGGACUUCAGCAAGACCUCACUGCCUGAGCGGGGUCGGUUUGACAAGUGCCGCAUCCGACCGUCAGUCUUCAAGCCUGCAGGAGUCUCUGGGAAAGGCUUUCUGUCUAUGCAAAGCCUGGCAGCCCACAAGGGCCAGAAGCUGUGGCGUAGCAAUGGCAGUCUGCACACGCUGGCCUGCCACCCACCCCUGAGUCCAGGGCCCCGGGCCAGCCAGGCCCGAGCACAGUUGCUGCAUGCCCUCAGCCUGGACGAGGGGGGGCCUGAGCCCGAGCCCAGCCUCUCUGACUCCUCCAGUGGGGGUAGCUUUGGCCGCAGCUCUGGUACUGGGCCUGGCCCCUUCAGCUCUUCCCUCGGCCACAUUAACCACCUAGGGGGUUCCCUGGACCGGGCACCAAGGAGCCCCAAGGAGGCUGGGCCCCUGGCGCUGCUGAGUUGCCUGCCUGAGCCGCCCCCACCCUAUGAGCUGUCCUGCCCCACUGCUGAGGAGGUGGUGGCCAUGCUGCCGGAGACCUGUGAAGUGCUCAAGAGAGACCUGGGUGACCCGGACAGUGCCAACACUUUCACACAGGUGCUGGAGGAGCGCCAGAGGCUGUGGCUGUCCGAGCUGAAGCGCUUGUAUGUAGAGCGGCUGCACGAGGUGGCGCAGAAGGCAGAGCGCACUGAGCGCAACCUCCAGCUGCAGCUAUUCAUGGCCCAGCAGGAGCAGCGGCGCCUGCGCAAGGAGCUUCGGGCUCAGCAGGGCCUGGGCCCCACCGAGCGGCCCCCUGGGUGCCUGCCAGAGGCCGACCCCAGCACCCGACAGGAAGAAGAGGCCCGAUGGGAGGUGUGCCAGAAGACGGCGGAGAUUAGUCUGUUGAAGCAGCAGCUGCGGGAGGCCCAGGCCGAGCUGGCGCAGAAGCUGGCUGAAAUCUUCAACCUGAAGACACAGCUCCGCGGCAGCCGGGCUCAAGCCCAGGCCCAGGACGUGGAGCUGGCCCGGUUGCGUGAGGCCAUGCGCAGCCUGCAGGAGCAGGCCCCUCGGGAGGAAGCCCCGGGCAGCUGUGAGACCGAUGACUGCAAGAGCCGGGGACUGCGGGGGGAGCCCGGAGGCAGUGAGAGCGGGGAAGGCGCCGAGCAGUUGCGGGCAGAGCUGCUGCAAGAGCGGCUUCGGGGCCAGGAACAGGCGCUGCGCUUCGAGCAGGAGAGGCGGACUUGGCAGGAGGAGAAGGAGCGGGUGCUGCGCUACCAGCGGGAGAUCCAGGGGGGCUAUCUGGACAUGUACCGCCGCAACCAGGCUCUGGAACAGGAGCUGCGGGCACUGCGGGAGCCCCCAGCACCCUGGAGCCCUCGGCUGGAGUCCUCCAAUAUCUGAGGCCAGGAGAGCAAGCUGACAGCAGACACUGUCGAGAUGCCCAGAGAGGGCUGGUUCUGUCCUGCCACUGGUGGGACAGAAGCCUGCCCAGCGGUGGGGCCUGCAAGAGAAGGGCUGGAUGGGGUGCUGGCUGCAGGAGCCAGGGCACAGCGCUUCUUCCUGCAGUGGGUGUGUCCCAGGCAGGAGAAUGGAGAAUGCAGAGCCCCACCAUUCAGAAGGGCAGGUGAAAUUGGGAGGCUUCAGACCCAGGCCGAGGCCUGGAAGGAGCUGAGACAGGAGCACUGGCCUCCUGCAGAAUAAAGCACAUUUUCUAUGA